GAUGGUGCGACGAAGAAAAUUAUGUUCCGAUUUCAAUGCGUGACAUGGAAGUUGGAGAAAGCACUGGCUAAUUUACCUUAUAACGAUUUUGAUAUAUCCGAAGAAGUAAAAGAGCAGGUUCUGACAUCACAGUUGAGACGGGCCACUGAAAAAUACGGUGGGUCCCUAAACUCCUCAACCUUACUACAGAGAGCAUCGUCCCAGCCAUUGGAUAAAGAUAUCGACCCGUUUCACCCGAGCAGCAGGUUGAUCAAAAGCUUACAUGUGGAUAAUAUCAGCAAUAUUGAUCAUGAGGUGAACACGAGACUGGAAGGUCUUGCAUUGGUGAACAAUGUUUUGGAUGAAGUUUGUGAGAACAAAGAAAAUGUUGUAAGGGACUCGUCCGCCUCAUAUGAUGUUUGUGUACUGAAGGAUUCUGUAAGUACGGGGAAUAAUGGUUUGUCGUGCAAAAACGUAGAGGAGAACAAGAAGUCUGAUUCUCUCGUGCUCCCGGAUGAUUUUCGUUGCCCAAUAUCCCUCGAGCUCAUGAGGGAUCCAGUGAUUGUGGCUACAGGACAGACGUAUGAAAGAUCGUACAUACAAUGGUGGAUCGACUGUGGGAAAACCACAUGCCCGAAAACCCAGCAGAAGCUUCGUCACCCCACUCUCACUCCAAACUACGUCCUCAGAAGCCUCAUCUCCCAAUGGUGCCUCAAGCACAAGGUCAACCUCUCGACCCCACUCGCUACCACCCGACACCACUCGCUAUCCGCCUUCCAAACCCUCGUUCGCCGACUCUCGACAGGAGAAUGCAAGGCUGCCCUCUCCGAAAUCCGAUCACUUUCCAAAAGAAGCACAGAAAACCGAAUCCUUCUUACCGAGGCCGGAGCCAUUCCCAUUCUUGUCAAUCUAUUAACCUCUGAAGAUGCCCGGAUUCAAGAUAAUGCCGUCACGUGCCUUCUCAACCUCUCGAUUUACGAAAACAACAAGGGAUUAAUCAUGCUUUCAAAUGCGAUACCCUCAAUAGUGCAGCUUCUUAGAUCAGGAAGCAACGAGGCCCACGAAAAUGCGACCGCCACACUCUUUAGUUUGUCGUUAGUUGACGAGAAUAAAAUAAUAAUCGGGGCCUCAGGGGCUAUAUUUGCUUUGGUGGAUUUGUUAGAGAACAGGAGCUCCAGAGGGAAAAAAGAUCGAGGCAACAACUUUAUUUAA